AUGAGGGGACUGGGAGCGGCAGUGGCUGAGGGGAGUGGGAGCGGCAGUGGUACGUGUUGCAGUUGGUUGAAGGGACUGGGAGCGGCAGUGACUGAGGGGACUGGGCGCGGCAGUGGUACGUGUUGCAGUUGGCUGAGGGGACUGGGAAGGAGAGGGGAAGGGGAAGAUGACAAGAGGGGAGCAGUGUACGUGUGGUACUGGAUGUACGCAAGGUGA